UUGGCCACGGUCACACUCGGCGAUCUCCGACUUUGUUUGUAAUGAAAAUGAUGACGCGCGUCGUAUUUUCUGCUGAAGAAAUUGUUCCUGUCGAACAAAACAAGUGCACAGUACAUAGCUUCGCAUGCUCGGUAUAAAUUCGUGUUCUCUUGUUAUCAGUGUUCGUCAUACUUGUUUAAUUUUUCAAGAGAAGGCCAAUGUGAUUAGUGCGGGCGUCCCCAACACACAUUCAUAUUUAUGUAGGUGUGUCAAAAAAGAGAAUCAAGCAGAAAGCCACCGCCUUAACUGCGCAAAGAGACAAAUAAAUAGGUUUUCAGUUGAAUAAGGACACUAUUGAACCUAUAUCCAUUCGACGGACCAACCCUACAAAAAAGUUUGUAAAUUAUGUUGAAGUUUAUUCGAGGAAAGGGUCAGCAGCCCAGCGCGGAAAGACAACGCCUACAAAAGGACCUUUUUGCUUAUCGUAAGACCGCUCAGCAUGGCUUCCCUCAUAAGCCUUCGGCCCUUGCAUAUGACCCUGUCUCAAAACUCAUGGCGAUUGGAACGCAAACAGGUGCCAUAAAGAUUUUUGGUCAACCCGGAGUUGAAUUGUAUGGACAGCAUACGUUGGUAAACAACUCUGCAUCAGAGCUCAAUGUUCAAUUACUUGAAUGGGUUUAUGGAACUGGCCGCAUACUUUCGCUAACGGCGGCCAAUCAAUUAAUACUGUGGGAGCCUUUUGAAACGACAUUGCUUCCAAUUAAAACACUUCACUUUGACGGAAAACUGAAGAAAGUAUCAUCGUUAUGCUGUUCUUUAAGUAAAGAUUUGUUAUGGAUUGGUACUGAAGGUGGCAACAUCUAUCAACUUGACUUACAUUCAUUCACAAUAAAAGAACCAGUAAUUUACCAUGACGUGGUCCUAGAGCAGGUACCACCAGCUUACAAGCUAAACCCCGGUGCAAUUGAGUCUAUUCGCCAGCUUCCAAACGCCCUUAACAAGCUUCUCAUAGCGUACAACCGUGGCCUAUGUGUUUUGUGGGAUUUUGAAACGUCCUCCGUAGAACGAGCAUACAUAGCCCCUGGUCAUGGACAAAGCGUUGGUCUCUCAGUGAAUUUUGGAGGAUCUGAAUUUAGCUGGUAUCACGCUGAUGGUUCUUACGCCACUUGGAGCAUAGAUAACGCCGAGCCGCCAAGCAAUGUUAACUACGUUCCUUACGGUCCUGAUCCUUGCAAGAGCAUAAAUCGUCUAUACAAAGGCAAACAUGGAAACAACGACGUGAUUGUUUUUUCCGGAGGCAUGCCACGUUCAGCAUAUGGUGAUCAUAAUUGCGUUUCCGUACACGUUAACAAUGGAAAGAAAGUUUGUCUUGACUUUACGUCUAAAGUCAUUGACUUUUUUGUUACUUACAAAGAUAACAGUGAUGUCGCUGAAGUGCUAAUUGUUCUACUUGAAGAGGAACUCUGCGCAUACGAUCUUAAUGACCCCAAUAUUUCUGCAAUUAAAGCUCCCUAUCUGCACUCGGUCCAUGCAUCAGCUGUUACCUGCAAUUACCUUGCCUCUCAAGUGAAACAGUCUGUGUAUGAAAAUAUUUUACGAGCGGGAGAUGAACAGGACAUUGACUACAGCAAUAUUGACUGGCCUAUCACUGGCGGUGCGCUUCCGGAUGACUCGGGAGAAUCUGAUGAAGAGGACACGACGAAGUUGUAUGAAAUUCUGUUAACUGGGCACGAAGAUGGUUCUGUUAAAUUUUGGGAUUGUACUGGAGUGUUGCUUAAACCAAUUUAUAACUUUAAAACGGGCAGUGUUUUUGGGAGUGAACAUGACUUCCGGGAUGAUGCAGCCGCAGAUAUCAGUGCAGAACAACUUGAUGAAGGAGAACCCCCAUUUCGAAAGGCAGGUCUUUUUGAUCCUUACUCCGAUGAUCCUCGAUUGGCAGUGAAGAAAAUAGCACUCUGUCCAAAGACUGGACAGCUGAUUGUUGGAGGCACAGCUGGCCAAAUUGUUAUAGCUGACUUCAAUGACGCCCCCGAAAAGGUUCCUUUAAAAUACUGCUCAAUGAAUUUGGUCAGCGACCGCGAUGGGUUUGUGUGGAAAGGUCACGAUCAGUUAAACGUGCGGGCAAAAUUAUUGGAAAGUGAUGCCAGUCCAAUAACUGUAAAUGGCGUAAAUAUAACGGGAGUGCUGCAGGUUUUGCCUCCAGCCAGCAUUACAUGCAUGGCACUUGAAGCAAAUUGGGGUCUUGUAUCCGGUGGAACUGCUCACGGAUUAGUAUUGUUCGACUUUAGAAACUUUGUUCCAGUAUUUCAUCGCUGCACACUUAAUCCAAAUGACCUCACUGGAGCUGGUGAGCAGCUGUCACGACGAAAGUCAUUUAAAAAAUCAUUACGAGAGUCAUUUAGAAAGCUUCGCAAGGGUCGCUCGACGCGGAACAAUCCCAGCAAUCAGGUGCCCACAACGCUGGAGGCACGGCCAGUUGAGAGACAAAUAGAGGCACGAUGUGCUGACGACGGCCUGGGAUCAAUGGUGCGAUGUUUACUAUUUGCCAAAACUUAUGUUACCAACGUCAACAUAACAUCGCCAACUUUAUGGUCUGCAACAAAUGCUAGUACCGUGUCGGUUUUCCUUUUGCAUUUGCCCCCGGCACAAACCGCUGCAACAUCUGUACCAUCGGCAAGUGGCAACGCUCCUCCACAGACUCCUCGUCGCAUUUCCGCCCAACUUGCUAAAGAAAUUCAAUUAAAACAUCGUGCUCCUGUGGUUGGUAUUUCAAUAUUUGACCAGGCGGGUAGCCCUGUCGAUCAGUUAAACGACGGAGAAAACGGCAGUCCACCGCAUCGACUUCUAAUCGCAUCUGAGGAACAGUUCAAAGUGUUUUCACUUCCGCAAUUAAAGCCAAUAAAUAAAUAUAAGCUUACCGCUCACGAAGGUGCUCGAAUUCGUCGAAUCCACUUUGGAUCGUUCCGUUGUCGCAUACCGCCAGAGUUACUACAAAGCCUGCACGGUGGUAGCCCGACUAAAUCAACGCGUUCUCAUGUCGAUGGAGAUGGGUCUGCAAAUAUUAGUGCAAACCCAGCUGCUGGUCGUGGAGAUGAAUAUCACGAAAUUGCAUUGAUUUGCUUAACCAACAUGGGCGAUAUAAUGGUCUUAUCAGUCCCUGAGUUAAAAAGACAGCUGAAUGCCGCUGCUGUCCGACGGGAAGAUAUAAAUGGUAUUUCGUCGCUAGGUUUUACAAACUCUGGCGAAGCUCUGUAUAUGAUGUCCUCUUCGGAAUUGCAGCGCAUUGCCUUAGCCACGUCCAAAGUAGUUCAACCCACAGGCAUAGUUGAAGUAGAACCUUUGGAAACCGAAGAAUCCGCACUGGAAGAAAAUGAAGAAAAGAGCAAUAAGGAAACGGACGAAAACGCUGAAGUUUCCAAUUCACUGGAAGUUACGGAACCACCAACCGCUUCUAUUCGCGCAAAACUUGUUGAGGGCAAUGUUGAAAGAAGUAGUCUUAAUUUAACAAAUGGAAUCAGCAAUAGCAACUCACCCAACCGCGGCAACGAUACUAUCAGCAGUUCAAUUGGUGAUAUCACCGUUGACUCCGUCCGUGACCAUUUAAAUCUUACGACAACCACGUUGUGUUCUACGACUACAGAGGAGACUGUUGGUCGCCUAUCGGUGCUUAGCACGCAAACAAACAAAGCCACUACUACAGUUAACAUGGACGAAAUUCCGGAUAUUAAUAUUUCCAAUUUAGGUGACCUGGCAUUGAAAAGCAAUACGACCGAAACGAGCACUAGUUCCGUAGUAAUAAAAUCGGUUAUUACAAGCAUAUCCCACGAAAAAACGAAUGGCGAAAGCGAAUUAAGAACGCCGAAAACCACAACGCCUGAAGAAAGCCAAUUUUAACAAUGACAAACAAAUGCGGCUUUAAUACUAGCAAAAUUGACCCAAUAUAAAAGGUUUAGUCUGUUUUCUUUACUCAUAGUAAGCGAAAAGUAGAUUUAAACUGCAAAACCCAAACGUUUUUCUUGUUUAAUAUCUACUUUUUGUCUACUUGUAUUGGAAUCAUAGUGCUAUUAUUCCGACCGCAACUGUUUUUAUUACGCAUUAAGAUGCGUUUUACGUAGUUUCACAGUGACUUUAUACAUGGUUUUUGUGGCAACAAUUGGACCACAGGCAACUAUUGCAUUUUAUAAAACAUUUUACACAUUACAUGUUAUGUUUAGUUAAAAUUAAUUUUAAGUUUCCAUUAUCUACAAUCUGUUUGAGUCUUCAAAUAUUUAAAAGAAUUUACAUUUUUCUUAACGUAUAAUUCUUUUGAAGUUGAUUAAGGGCUGACCAAUUUGUUACAUUACCAUGUAAAAAUUUAGAAAAAAUAUAUUUUCCAUAUAUUAACUAUUUUUGUAUAUAUUUGAAUCCAACUUUUUAAAGUGUUAUUUUUUAACUUUUUUGGUUUCCGAAAAUUGGUCACUUAUGUUAACAUUAAGUUUUUAAACAUUCUGAAUCUAAAAAGUAUUAUCAACAAUAAUUGAUAAACAUGUUUAAAAAAGUACAACAUGAAAAAAAUAAGCCUUAUCAACGAUGACUAAAAUUAUAAAAGAUUUUAUAAAUUAUUAAAAACAUCUUUAUAUUAAAUUUAUUCAAUAAUCAAAUACACAACACAAAAGUUUUCAUGUUUUUAUAAUGAAAUUCGUAUCGAAAGUUAAGGAAUACUUGGACCUGUAAGUAUUUUAAAAGCUUAAAUAAAAACGAAUUUGAAAAAAGAUUCCAAGAGGUACAACAUAAAACGUUUAUGAUUUAUAAACUUAAAAUUACAGCUGAUUUUAGCUGAUAUAUAGUAGUACACACACUGAAAGGAAGAAACCUGUUGUACGCACCGAAAAUUUUAGAUGUGGAUUAAGGAAUUAUCUUUAAAAGAUUGCUUGCAAAAUUACUUUCAUACGGUAAUUAAUAUAGGAUACAAGCUCGUGUUAAAAACAUGUUCAACUUUAAAUAUCACUAUCUUACAUAAUUUUUAUGCGGAUCUUAAUGCAUUUAUUUAUAUAAAUAAGAAUUUUCCAUUUACAAACUGUUUUGCCACUGAAGUAUUUUCUUAAAAUUUCAGAAAUAUGUUAAAUAUGGAUUUGGACCAGGUCAUAAAGACUACAAGUUGAAAAAGGAAAACAUUUUUAUUUACAUCUGGUUUAGAUAGUGCUUAAAAAAUAAGCACACCAUUUAAAUACAGUGCACAACAGAAGCCAAAAAAUAAGAAAUCCUAACCUGAGACUUGUUUACAAUAAACUAGUAUUUUCUAAAUGCAUUUGGUCUUCGAUCGCUUGAGAUUCAACUGGGACUCCUGAAAUAAUCAAUAAAUUUCGGAUUUUUGAUAAAAAUAAGAAGCUGGAUUAUGAAACCCGCAACUUAUAAGUUAUUUGUUUACAACGGAUUAUAUGAAUAAACAAGCAUUAUGCUUCUGCCAGGUGUUUUAAUUUUUUCUCUCGUUAACCAUCCAGGAUAAAGCAUACGCAACACAAAGGUUUCAUGUUUUUAUAAUGAAAUUUGUAUCGAAAGUUGAGGAAUACUUGGACCUGUAAACAUUUUGAAAGCUUAAAUAAAAACGAAUUUAAAAAAGAUUCCAAAGGUACAACAUAAAACGUUUAAGCUUUAUAAACUUAAAAUUACAGCUGAUAUUUAGUAGCACACUCACUGAAUGGAAGAAACCUGUUGUACGCACCGAAAAUUUUAGAUGUGGAUUAAGGAAUUAUCUUUUAAAGAUUGCUUGCAAAAUUACUCUCAUACGUUAAUUAAUAGAGGAUACAAGCUCGUGUUAAGAACAUGUUCAACUUUAAAUAUCACUAUCUAACAUAAUUUUAUUGCUGAUUUAAUUACAUUUAUUUAUGUAAAUAAGAAUUUUUUUAUUUAUCUGGGACUUGUUUACAAUAAACUAGUAUUUUCUAAAUGCAUUUGGUCUUCGAUCGCUUGAGAUUCAACUGGGACUCCUGAAAUAAUCAACAAUUUUCGGAUUUUUGAUAAAAAUAAGAAGCUGGAUUAUGAAACCCGCAACUUAUAAGUUAUUUGUUUACAACGGAUUAUAUGAAUAAACAAGCAUUAUGCUUC